AUGAGCAGCACGCGCAAGCUAGCAAGACUGGCCGCCCCCGUCGUCUGCGCGGCCUACGUGACCUACGUAGCAAUAGAUAGAGGCUACUACCACAUCGAGCGCCGCAAGGAGCUCGACGCCGCGACGGCGCGCGCGAAGGCGGAGGCUGCUAGAAGAGUAGCGGCCGACGAGCGGCGAUGACGCCGAUAAAACUCUUGACAAUCAUCGCUCUAACGACCGCGAAGAACCAGAACCGCGACCGAGCCUUCCGCGCGCGGCGCCGCGAGUGCGAGACGCAAACGUGCGCCGGCAUGCAGCCCGGGACGAAUAUGAACUGCGUGAACGCGUGCAUCUCCCAGUCGUGUUUCGAUGAGAUCUACGCGGAGGAGCCCCUCGAGGACGGCGAGGUCGACUCGAAACGAUCGAGGUUGUUCCAGAGCUGCGCGCGGAAGUCACUAGUUGCCGAAAGGGAGAAACGAAGGAGGGAGGAGCGCGCCGAGGAGACAUAA